UCUGCGGGCGCCUUUGUCUGUUGAAAGAGCAGGGCGUCAUCCAAGGCGACUCCAUCUGUUUUAUCCCACGACAGCCUAGGCAACAAGUGCAGGGCACGGUAACAGCUCUGUGGACUGGAAGUGUUGCUUUCCACUGGUGACCCGAAAGUAAACACGGGGAGAACGUAAGAGACAGCUUCAUUGGUACGAUUUGCUUUGGAUUUUGAAGGCAAAAGCAAGCACUUGCUGUCACUCUGUGUUAGAGCCUCGAUCUGCACAGCGCCAGUUGGCCUGUUCGGUCCUAGGCAGCCCCUGGGUAGCACGUUGCCUCAUGGGUCCACUGGUCGAUGUUAAGCUGUCAGACUCAUCUUAGUUCAAAUCCUCCACUGAAAUGACCGUCACGGUUGCGCUUACGAAACAAAGCAUGGUCCCCUUUACCCCCUUAAGCGAUUUCCUGUUGGCGGUCAGACCAGCUCCUGAAUUGCUAGGACAACAAAAAUCCAGUCCGUGUACUCCGUGCAUACCAAUAUUAGGAAGGAGACUGCCUUCCGAUGGAGGAUAAAUACGUUCGAUUCAGUCCCAUGAGACCCUCGUACUGUGUUCACAGCUUCGUGCUCUUUUGCAGGGCUUUGCUGGUAGUUCGCUUGAAGCGUGCACAGCAACUACGAGAGAAGCAUACGUUGCCGCAACUUCUACGACACCACACAGGGAAAGUUUACUGUGACGUGUUCCCCCGCAACCAUGUAGUGCCACUACCGGCAGCCAGUGUCUUAUGGGUCUGCUGCACUACCGGUGGCAGUGUCAGCGCCGAACGUUGCUCGUUUAUGAAUAAAUCGCGCUGCUUCAACGGUUGAAGUGAAUGGGGCAGCGUGGCACACGCAGACGCACUCGUGCCCAGUAACACUUCACCCUCUCUUAACUCCCGCACAAAAGGCACACCGAUGCUGUUUUACCCGAGGCGCAACGAUCACCACCAAAUCUGCUCGUUCUGUUUCUUUCCCGAAGCCUGUUUCUCAUCGUCUCCAAGCAUGAACUCCCCUUUUGUACGCUGCUCCUCAUGCCUCACAGGUUGCACUCACUAAAUCGUUCUUCCUUUGCUGCUGCCAAAAAUCGAAGGGCGGGACCCUUGCAGGUGCCAUCGCUCUCAGCAGCGCUGCCAACAGAUGCAAAUAAGAAGAGUUUCGUGACACCAUGAGGAUCCGAGAGAAAAGCAAACGGGUUUGCCGGAGUUUCGGGCACCCAUCGACUUGGUCGCCGAACCACGAAAUGUACAGUGGCCGCUCACAGGAAAACAGACAGGCGAAUUCACCGGAGAAAGAAACUUUUUUCACUUCCUUUCGGCGUUCGUAAGAUCUUUGUCGGCUAUCAGCUCCAAGUGCAGCUGAGGGUGGAAAUGUCGCAUACGGCGUCGUUGGCCUCUCAGUUCGCUACGUUUCUAGCUGCAACGAAGCGGCACCAGCAUGAGAUCGUUAGUGAAAGAUCGUGUGUUCAAGACACUUAAUCUUUCCUUUUACUGUCCCAUUCCAUGAGUAUCCUGGCUUCGAUUUCAGUGCACAGUGGAAUCGGGUGAGCUUUGUCAUGUACAUGCGCUUCUAUCGGGAACUGAAUUGGAUUCUGAACAUCUGCGAUGGGUUUUUGACGACCGCAAACACCUGCAUGCUAAAGGGAGUGCUUCAAUCAAUUGAGCCUAGUCCAUAGUAGGGCCAUAACGCUCAAAAGUAAAGCGGUAGUCGACGCUGCAUCGUUUUUCAGGUACGCUUGUUGAAGGAUUUUUUUAACUUCCUAGCACUGGGUAGGUGUCAGUAUCCUUACUUCAUAAUUACUUUUUGCGGACUCCAGCAUAUUAUGUUCAUCAAAACCGACUAGAGCGAAUCAGCACUCCGUCUCCUUUAUUUGGAGGGAAAUAACAGGAAACUGCAUUAACGCAGCGUCGCGUAAAAUGACAGUGACGGCUCAAAAUUGCAAUAGGACCACAAGAGGUACAACACCUUGGGAAGCAUCUGACCGCGCAGAAAUCGAGUUGCCGGUCGUGUGCGUGGCGAAUGGUGAGCGAGAACGUCAUAUUUGGAUAUCCAGCACGCUUCUUCACGUAUUAUACGGCGUGCACUGAUGCGUGGUUCCCGGCAAGAGUUCCUAAAAAGAUGUAAGUAGGGCACCGUGGGCUCGCUAUACACACUGACUCCAGUAACGGAUUCGUACAGCAGCGCCACAUAGCCAACUUGACCCUUUAAGUUGAGGCGUCACAGUUUGAAGAAGCGACACUGUGGCAGCGUUGUGCAUCACAAAAGAGCUCGGGAUCCUACGCUCAGAACAACUGAUGGGGAUUCUGGCCACAGAAAGUGCAGUCGACACAACGCUCACCCUAUACGUUCCGAAGACAGCCGCAAGAAACUGUGCUGCCUCUGAGACAAGAAACAUAUUCGAGUACGUACAAGGCACCGGGAGUGAUGGAAAAUCAAUUUCAACCGUGUGGUCAAAAUUUAGAAGGUUUUAAGAGCGGAACAUGCCAAUUCCCGUGCUGAUUUUCACCGGACUACUCAAGAAUACAAUGCUUCCUUUCAACGUCACACAUCCUCCGUUGUCGUGAGGAUAUUCGAACAGGGAGGUUAAAGCUCCCCGUUAAGGCGGUAAAUCGUAAAGGGCAUCCCGUGCUCAAUAACUUGAAUCUGGAACUGUCUACCCAACAGGGUAAAUUGAAAAGGGCAUCCCGAGCUCAAUAACUUGAAUCUGGAACUGUUUGCCCAACAGCGAGUUAGUGUCCAAGAAAUAGUCAGAGUGCUUUGUGAAUUGACCCGGAUCUACGGUCUUUUUCUUCGCUGACUCAUCUUCCACGGCAUAGCGCAGCUACCAACCAGUCUACAAUGGCACAUCAAGAGCUAAACACGCCAGUGUUGCUCGAAUAAAUUGCCUUUGUAUUGGUACUCGAUGAUGCCGAGAGAUCCACAUUGGGUUGUCAUCCUUUCAGGAAGCAGUAUUAGUUGACGGCGCUGGCUCUACCACUUUGAAACCCCUUUAAAACAUCGUGGAGCUGACGGGGGCACCAAUUGACCGGCUAGCAGCCUUACGAUGCUCCUGUCUUCGCUGCGCUUCAUCAAUAAGGAGUCUAUAUCGUUCACAAAGUAUGAUACGAAAUACAUGCAGGAAACAACCUGUAACCUCGAAGGAACCGGAUGUGCCUCUCCACCUGAAGCGGAGAAGUACAUCAGGCAAGCGGCGCCUGCCACCUCUGUACCACGCAUAAAAGAUGCGCUAGGUCGGAUUCUGUACUUCAGUCGAGAUGACUUCCUCUCAAAACGCUCUUAUGACCAGCGAACCGUCACUCCUCCCUACCCCUAACUCACCGUUUGCACGGGUGUAGCGACAGUCAUCUUCUACGAUGAAUAUUACAAACCUGCUCCGCUCUGCGGCUCACACCCCAACGACGCCACUCUCUAAAAUCAGGUCUCAUAUGCUACGCGUGUGGGUUGAUUCGUCCAACUCUGGAUCGUUCAUCCGGCGCUACGGCGGCUGCUCUGGAACCCCAAAUUUUAGCUCGUGCCCUGCACACACUUCAGGUAUCGAGAUACGUGCUAUGAAUGCCGGUACCCACACCAGUAAGAACUCAGCAUACACUUUCCUUGCAAAAACCUUUAGAAUACUGUCAACAAAGCGGUCUGAAGUCUAUGGUCGUAACUUCACCGGACCGCUAGGUGGCUCCUAACUGCACCCAAAACCCGCACCGAGGUAUAGACUGUGCGAUCAUUGCCAGGAAACAGACCGUCAGCAGCACGGGUGCUAGCAGCGACCGCAUCCUCACUGUUUAGUGAAGCUACAUUGAAACCAUUUUGACGUUAACAUGCGCGAUGGACCAGGCAGAUGCUUCCGCUGAAACCUACGAAUCUUCCAAGUGGCAACACUGCCGCGACAGGUGUCUCCUCUGUUUGCGUUGUCGAGUACUAAAUCGCUCGAAAACUUGGAGUGAAACAUAGGAAUUUCGUAGCGCUCUAACUGUGAACCACAACACUCCAAAGAAAACACAACUCGAAUUUCCAUGCGCUGCUCUGCGAGGUGCCUCUUGCACAGCAUUUUUACCGGCGACGGCACCUCCGAGGAAAUGCGCUUGAACGAUGAAGCGCCAGUUCAUGCGUGGCGUUCACUGAACACCGACUUGCGCCGACUCUAUUCGUGUGAAAAAAAGUGGAAGUCCCCGUCCGCCCACAGAGAGCGAGUCCCACACGGUUUCUAUCUAUCCAUGGAACAUCCUCUCUGUGCGCUUCGCCCCGUCUCGGGCAGGUUGUGAGGACUGGAGGCACACGAAGGUAAACCUCGCGACCUCAGCUGACUUACGUCCGCAAGGCUCCUUCCCACAAGGCGUGAAGGAGCAGAGAAACACCCGCCGUCGUGUUUUACCCCAACCGUCAAAAGUGUGAACGUGUGCCCGCUGCGGUCUCCGCUUCCGUCUCACUACACAGAACUACAUACUUCCUCGGCCGAAACACGUUGAGGCGGCUUGUUGGUCGGCCUGCUGCGUCGCGCUCUUGCGCAGCUUCUUUUUCAGGUGCAGCGCCCGGAAUGUCGGCCAAUGCACAGCUGAGUGCGUCGCCUGGUAGGUAGCGGAGCAAGUGCCCGUUUGCGGUUUUGUUUACCCGAGCAGCCCGCUUUUUUUGGUCUUGCUGUCGCGCUUUCGUCCUUCCAGCCCUUCAUCUCGAAGGUUUCUGUUGUUUCUGAUAUGCUGUCGUCCGUCCGUCUUACUUUGUUCAGUCGCGCGUUUUCCACCCUCCGGUCUACGUACACCCCGUAGCAGCUGCAACGCGAGUCCAAGUUCUUCGCUUCGUUUCGCCCGGCAGCAGAAGAGCACGUCCUUCUCCCGCCCUCUUUUUUUCGACUCUCUUCAGCGAGCGAGAAAAGGCUGGUCGACACAGAGCCGCUUAGCAGCUUACAUAGUCGCGCGCGCGACAAAAGUCGCUCUCAUUUCCAGCGUCGAUCGCGCCUGCGAACUUCGAGGUCCGCGAACGGACAUGUCUGUGACCUGCAGCCUUUCCGUUACGCGCCACGCUGUUUAGCUCGCGUUUGUUUUCUUUCUGACAGUCCUUCCUUUCCUCGGUUCUCUCGCAAUUUCUCUUAGCUCCUGCACUGUCGUCACUUUUCUCCUGCCACGUUUCUCGGCCUCCUCAACGUUUUCCCUCCUUCCUCUCCCUCCUCGGCGUGUCCCCUUUUUCUGCUUCUUUUUGCCCGCCACGUUCCGCGUAUCGUUUUCGCAAAAUGGGUAACGUUUGUGAAUGCCAAAAGGCGGAGAUUGUUAACGAGGUCUCGCUGGCAGCACCAGUCGUGACGAAAGGGAGCAAGGGAAAGGGAGCAACCGGCAGUUCGUCUUCCGGUCAGAAGGCCUCUGGAUCCAAAGCCGCCUCCUCGAACUCUUCGACGGUCGUCCCUCAAUUGACGGAAGACGAUCUUGAUACCGAAGACGAAAAGGAUGACGACGUCGUCGAAGAAAUGCCUCAGCCGAGCGAGGCGUACAUGUCGCGCGCGAAGAAUCGCCAGUCGGUCAGCGCAGAGGCGUACGGCGAGUGGAAUAAACGCAAGAAGUUCGUGGCUCCGGUAUACCCCAAGACCGCAGAGCAGAAGGAGCGUAUCACCAAGGUCAUUGAAAGCUCUUUCCUUUUCAGCUCUCUGGACAUUGAAGAUUUAGAGACUGUGAUCAACGCAUUUCAAGAAGUUUCAGUCAAGAAGGGGACGGUGAUCAUUCGUCAAGGCGACGACGGAGACCGGCUGUACCUGAUCGAGACGGGAGAAGUGGACGUGAUGAAAAAGUUUCCUGGAGAGAAAGAGAACAAGUUUCUCUGCAAGAUGCAUCCAGGCGACGCAUUUGGAGAACUGGCUCUCAUGUACAACGCCCCGCGUGCAGCGACAGUCAUCGCUGCCGACGACAUGCUCCUCUGGGCUCUCGACCGAGACUCCUUCACCAACAUCGUUCGGGACGCAGCAGCCAAAAAACGCGAAAUCUUUGAAGAAUCCCUCAAGGAGGUGCGCAUCUUGGAAGACAUGGAUCCGUACGAGCGGUCAAAGUUGUCGGAUGCGCUGCGGACGGCGACGUACGAGGACGGCGACGUGAUCAUCAAGGAAGGGGAGACAGGAGACACUUUCUACAUUCUGUUGGAGGGAGCAGCGGAGGCUAUCAAGAACGACAAAGUUGUGAUGGAGUACAAGAAGGGGGGCUUCUUCGGAGAGCUCGCGCUGCUGAAAGACCAGCCGCGCGCGGCGACAGUCGUCGCGAAGAGCCAUGUUCAAGUCGCGUACAUGGACAGAAAGAGCUUCAAGCGCCUUCUGGGACCUGUUGAGCAGAUCUUGAUGAGAAACCAAGACAACUACCGCAAAGCGAUGAAGCAGCUCGGACUCGACACCAAAUACCUCGACAAAUAAGGAAGGGAACAAGGGGACGGACGUCGAGAAAGGAAGCGGAGCACGAAGAUCCGGGAGAGAAGCAGCCGAAGCAAACCGAGCACCAGAAAGGGGAGAGAGGUGACGCAUAUGGAAGAAGGGGAGAGAGGUGACGGAUAUGGAAGAGUUUGUGGGGAAAAAGAGGACGAGGAAGGAUCACCGGACUCUUGUCCUGCCGAUGAGCCUCCCUGGAGAAGAGAGCAGGGAACACCGGGUGGAAGCGAGGCGGUAGUCGCCAGAGGGCUUCUUCUGUCGUGUGGGCAAGAAUUUGCUUCGAGGAAAAGAAAAAGGAAUUCGCUUUUUUUCCCAGCUCAUGCAGUCGUCUUCAGCCUCCGUGCAUGCGAAUACGAAGGCGGGAGACUUCGCGAGUGGAAGUUCACGACGUUGCAUGCAACAGCUUCAUUCGUAGUCUGGUGUAUUUUAAUUCACAUGCCUCGAGGAAUAGUGCUUCACUGGAGUUCGGAGUGAAUAUCCGCCAUCUUCUCUCCUGGAAGCUUUGCCUUAGCUCGACGCAUGCAGAGAGACUCUGGGAGUCUCGGAAUAUUUGAGAGCCUUUUGAACCGCGAGCACGUCAACGCAGCGGGGCCAGACAACCUCUCUCCAGUUGCCUUCUUGGUUUCUUCUGCGUCUCUUCUUUCUCGUCGCUCCCGCCGUUCCUUCUCUAUUGGGUUCUCUCUCUCGCUGGUUCUUUCGGUGUCUCUUCCCUUGCUCUCCAAUCUCGUUUCUCUCUUCUCUUUGCUUCUCUCUGUGGUUCUCGCUCCUCUGCGCCACAACGGACUUCACCCGUUUGUCUGCGCUCCGGAGAAAUCUCGAGUUUCCAGUGGCCGAGGCAGAAAGGUUUUCGCAGCUUUGCUCGAAGGACAGAGCACGAAGUUGAGCUCACGGACCUUUUCUCGAAGUUCAGAGCUUCGUCUGCAAAAAGAAACUCCACUCUCUGCUAACCGUCUUCCCUGAUCCACCGUCGACGGUCUCCACACAUUCACCUGUACCUGCGUUAGACUGUAAAACCUACACCCUAAAUGCACAACUUCCAGUAAAGAACUUCAGAUGGACACACCUCCACUUAACAUUUUAC